CUUUGGCGUUGCUCUAUGCUCCACCCCAUCAUCGGCAAUUACUUCCUCCCAAUCUGUCUUUCCUUUGCAUCUGUCUCUGUCUUUCCCUUUGCAUCUGUCGGAGGGUGUCCCGAGCUGAAGAGCAACACAUCCUGCACAACAGGGCAGAAAGCACCGAACUCGGAGCUGCAAGAUUUCAACAGACGAGGAGAGACGACUGGAGAUCCUCCGCAGGGCAGAAUGUCAGAUUCCCUGGUUGUGUGUGAUGUGGAUCCGUCGCUGAUCGAGAAACUAAAGAAAUUUCGUUUCCAGAAGGAGACUAACAACACAGCUUUAAUUAUGAAAGUUGACAAAGACAGACAACUGGUGAUUCUGGAGGAGGAAUUUCAGGACAUUUCCCUGGAGCAGCUGAGCAGUGAGCUACCUGAGCGCCAGCCCCGAUUCAUCGUCUACAGCUACAGAUACACGCACGACGAUGGGCGCAUCUCUUACCCACUUUGCUUCAUCUUCUCCAGUCCGGCGGGGUGCAAGCCGGAACAGCAGAUGAUGUACGCUGGGAGCAAAAACAGGCUGGUUCAGGCAGCUGAGCUCACAAAGGUCUUUGAGAUCCGUUCCACAGAAGAGCUGACGGAACAGUGGCUCAAAGAGCGGCUGGCUUUUUUCCGUUAAACCCGGGGUCACUCGGAGAAGACCAAGUGCCCACUUAACCCCCCCCAGCCUCUGCCAGAGCCUGCCCCUCCCCUCCCUUCCCCUCUCGAGACACCGCCACAGGAUGCGCAUAGCAGAAGCUGCCUCUCCGUCACCCGUUUUGCCCCAUCAGCGUUUUGCUGGCAACCGAAAUGUCUGAGAAUAAAACUGGCUGAUUCUACUUCUUCUCUGAACUUGUCGCCUUUGGGCCUCCCUGAAGUUUCCAAGACGUGCCCUUUUGGCUUGGCACUCUGCCAGAGAGGAAGGGUCUCCACCGUGCUGGCCGUUCUCCCUUGCAGUGCAGCCGUUCGCCACCCGAGGGCACCUUCUGCCCGCUGGAGAGUUCGAGUUUCAAGUUUAUUAGAAUUUGUAUGCCGCCCACUCCCCUAGGGACUCUGGGCGGCUCACAACAGACA